AUGGAUCCUCAGCGAGGGAGAGCUAGAGGCCGAGGUAGGGCCAGAGGGGCAGGUGGGGCCAGAGGCAGAGGUAGGGCUCCACCUGUGGAUGACUUCUUUGAGGAGGAGGUAGUGUUGGAGGUGCAUGUGCCAGUUGUGGUAGAUGAUGGUCUACGUCUGGCUAGGUUGGCUCAGGGUAUCAUCAGGUUAGGAGUGCCUUCCUUUCUUGGAGGUACAGACUACCUCGUAGCUGAUCAUUGGAUAGAGGACAUUGAGACAUACUUCACCAUGAUCACAUGUACGGAGAUUGAGAAGAUGCGUAUUGCUACGUUUCUUCUCAAGGAUGAGGCACGGGCAUGGUGGAGUGGGGUAGAGAGAUCUCAAGAUGUGACCGCCUUGCCUUGGGAGGGGUUUGUUCAGCUAUUUCGGGAGAAGUAUUUUCCUGAUACAGUGAGGGAGCAGUUGGAGCUUGAGUUCAUAGCUCUGGUGCAGGGCAUGAUGAGUGUCAGGGAUUAUGAGGCCCGGUUUUCUCAGCUGUAUCGUUUUGCUAGAGAGAUGGAUGCAGUAGAUUUGGCACAGAAGUUCAUUUGGGGUUUGAGGCAUGAGCUCUGGAAGUUGGUGACUUCCCACCGGUUUGCUACUCUAGCAAAAAUGGUUGAGAGUGCCCUUGCAGUUGAGCAGGAGGAGACCAUACAUGAGAUAGAGAGGCAGAGAGAUGUUCAGGGGAAGGGCAAGGCCCUGACAGGGAGUAGCAGUUCAGGGGACCACAGAGGUGGUUAUGGGAAGAGGCGGCGGACUCAUCAGCUGGCCCCAGCUAGAGCAGUAGUUGCACCUAUUAGGCAGGCAGCACCCUUGAAGUGUUUCAACUAUGGUGAGCCGGGCCACUUCUCUUCGGCAUGUCCGAAGCCCAAGAGGCAAGGAUGCUUCACUUGUGGGCAGGCAGGCCAUUUUGUCAGGGAUUGCACCCGACCUCAAGCUGGAGGGCAGGGUGUUCAACAGAGACCAUUACUUCCAGCACUAGCCAGAAUAUAUGCCAUUGGUCAGCGUGGUGCAUGA